AUGAGUACGCAAAGAAUACCGCCGUGUACAAUAUCUCAAAAAACUGAAAAUGACAGUGACGGGGGCCGCCACACAUCAGCUCCUGCUUCAAAUAACGUAGCAAAAAGACCUAGCAAACGCCCAGCCGUCUACUCUCCUCCAAUUGGGAAUUUACUUGAAGGCGCGGACGAUGCUACAAACACAGCACUCCGCAACAUAAUUGAAGACGUAGUACAACGGGAACUGAGGAAUUUACUGACUAAACAUCUCAAUGGGCACUUUGCUCAACACCCAACUUAA